AUGAGUAACGGAAAACGACAAGGUGCCUCAGGUGCAGUGAAUAUGGGAGCGAAACGGUGUUGGACCAAAGGACUAAAAGACGUACUGGACGCGGUGGGCGUACCAUUGAAGCUCGAGCUUCCCGGCGUCGGUCAACAUCUCCAAGAUGAUAUGGUGUGGACCCCCUUAAAAACAGCUGGCGACAUUUAUUAUUCAGGAUUCGACUUCUCCAAAGCUCUGGAGUUUCAAUCGUUCAUCAACGACGCAGUCGCCUUUGUCAACAAUUCCGCUCUUUUCGGGUUCACCAACAAUUCCGCAACAUUCCAAGCUGCUGUGGACGACUCCACAAGCAGUCUUGUGCCGACCCAGUACCUGGAGGUCGUGCAAGAGUACGAGGCGGUGUAUAACCUCACAGCACAAAUUAUGGACCAAACGGCGCAAUUGGAAUUGUUGCUCAGCGUUAUCUCUCCGGGAACGCCGUGGAUCGACCCAGUAUCGUCGUUGACCCACAAUGUGGUUAUGAUGCGCGAAGGCGUAAAGUUCGCGCGCAACGUCGGCGUUGCCUUCGGAACGACCCUAGGCACAGAAAUCACUCCCGGCCCAGACGUCCAGAGUAAUGAGCAAAUAGAAGCAUGGUUGCGGGGAUCGGGCGCUUCCACUCAGUACCAUAUAGCUAGAAGCUGCUCGAUGCUCCCCAAGGAGUUGGGCGGUGUCGUUACGUGGAACGGCCAAUGUACGAAUCGCCGACUCGUCGAUCUACCCAUUUGA